AUGGAAGAGAUAGACGAGAUAGACGUGAACAGUUCAGCUUUUUCCACUUCCUCAUCUCAGAAAACACAAAAACAAAUGUGGAUGCAAGGCUACAGCACGAUUACAAAGCCCCUGCCUACCAGUGAAGCCACAGACCUAGUGGCGCUAGGACUCGCCGCUGCUUUGGUGGGGCGAACCCAGAAGGCUGAAGAGCCUCGCACAGGCCCUCAGUACCUCUCACCCACUCCACCCCCCUCCCCGACAAAAGAUACAAGGACAGAGAUAACCACGGGCCCGAGAGAAGCAGCCAAAGGAAGUGUCCAUAUUGCAGCGCUGAAAACCCUAGAACUCCCACCCCACCAAGACAGCCUCCUCGAGAGGCCCCCAGGGCGCCCGCUGGAGGAGGGGCCAGAGAGUGCCGGGGUCGGCCACCCCUACAUCCGGGACCCGCCCCUGUCCCCCGAACGCCCGGCAAUCCUGGGGCUUGAAGUUCACUCCAGGCAGCGUCAGGCGCCUCCCUGGGCACUACUUGGCUGGGCCCAGCCAGUCCGUCUGGGGCCGGACCAGGACUCCACGCCCGCGUGCCCGGGGCCACCUCCGAACCUUCCCGGAGAGCCGGCACCCCUCGCAGCGGUUUCCGCCAGAAGACACCCGUUCCCAGGCGGUCAUUACCUCUCACGAAAAACUCCUAACUCGACCCUCCUAACACGACCCUCAUGGAGCCGCGCUCCCCUCAGUUCGAUACCCCCCGGGAACCCACACAGGACUCAAGCCGCGCGCAGGGGGAGAACCCCGUGCCGGCGCCAAUUCCUCACAGGACAAAAAUGUCCGGGCGCGUCACGGGACAGCCGCCUCCGCGCCCCACGCCGGGAGCCGGCCGCACGCGCUGCCUCCGCGCCCGGGAGCUGUGCCGCGGACCGGGGCGGGGAGCGCGGACGCCCGGCAGCGCCCGCCCAGGAGGGCGCUACUCCGCGGGAACUCACCGUCUGCUCUGCAGCCGCAGCGGGGAGGCAAGGAACGGGCAGGGGAAGACACAAUAUGGCAGAGCACCACAGCUGCUCCCGGCGGCUUCCAGCAGCCGCCUCCGGGAAGACGCGGCAAAGAGCAGGCAGCGGCAGCUGCGGUGGCGGCCGCGGCAGCACCACAUCCCCCUCCCGUUCGCUUCCUCCCCCUCCCUGCACCCUCCCCCGCUGCCAUGGCAACGCGGCGCCAAGGAGAUUAGCCCCGCCCUUCCCUCCGGUCCCCGCCUCUCGCGGCCACCUCCGGAGGGGGCUCGGCCCGCCUCCCGGUAUCUCCUCCCACCUCCUACCUAAGGGCGGGCCCCGGACCUCGCAGGCCGUGCUGAACUGCGGGUGGGAAGGAAGAGAGAUGCAGUGUCCGGAAGGGCGGGGUUCGCACGGAAGGCAGGGCGGAGACGUGGUGGGCCAGUGCCGGUUUCGGGCUGAGGAGGGGCUGGGAAGGCGGGAAAAAUGGAAAGGCCUCGCCUGUCCCGGCAGGACCUAUAGGAGUGUGGCGGAGCGCGGCGCGGCCGCUGAGUGGCCAAGAAGGCGCGGGGGCGGGGCCAGGGUGGCCUUCCCGGCUGGUCGGCUGGAGAAGCCUGUGCUGGGACUGCAGCGACGACCCCCAACAGCCUGAGCUUCUGUGGGUUUCCCCAAGAGCUUUCCGCCAUGGGUCGGGCAUUGAAAGCGCUGUAGGAAGCGGUAAAGCAUUAAUAUGAACUUAAAGUGAUAUCACACUCGCUUCACUGAAAUUUUAAGUGGAAACUGAGCUCAGCGUGUUUGUGGUGAAAAAAAGGACUUUGGAAUCAGAUCCAAAAUUUAAUAAGCAUCGCAUUUCCUGAGCCCUCAUUAAGUGCUAGGGACUGAGGAAAACAGAGGAAAGGAAAUUAAGAUUACUUGAGGAAGAACUAAGCACUUAGUAUGUAUCAUUACACUUAAUUCUCACAGAAGUCCUAUUUCACAGAGGGUAAAACGGAGCAUCAGUUAAGGCCCCAUGUGUCUUCUCAUUCUGGAAACCAGGCAGAAAAGACAGCCCUUUAUGAGAUAUGCCAUUCUUGGGGCAGAAGGAAAGAGCUAGACCCUGUUAACUUAAAUAACCUCCAUGGAUGUGGCAUACGCAAGUGCUCAAGCCAGACACAGGGUGUCACAGCACCUAGAUACAACAUGGCAACCAAGCAAGGCUAUUCCUCAGGAAAACUGUAAGGUAACAGCCAGUGUCAGUUGCCAAACACAUGAGUGAAGAAGCCUUCAUAUUAUUCCAACUCCAGCCUUAGAGCCUUCUAGCUGAGGCCCCUUCAUCACAGUAGAGGAGGAAAUGAGAGAAUAAGGCUUUUGUGUGAAGAGACCAAGAAGGCAUGGGUGUGUAUUUGAAGAAUAGACACGUUCGGAACCUAUUGGAUUCAGGUCACAGAUGUCAAGGACCCAUUCUUGAAGAGUUGUUUCAGUGUAAGUCUGCUCCCCCCAUAAAAUUCCAGAGGACUCUAGAGAUAGUCACUAUUCAGUGACCUUUCUAUCCCUAUCAACUGACUAUCCAGUCAUCAGUUGAGUAGGAACUCCAAACUGUGUAUUCUCAGAACCCUUGACCACAGGCUUUCCACUUGAGAGAUGAGGCAUAGCAACACCCUGCCCUGCCAUGAUCCUAUCCAUGCCACAAUGUUUACCAGCCCCAGGAAAACUCCUCAGAAAACUGAAGUGACCAUUCUGGGAACCCAGCAAGGUUUGGCUUACUUUACAUCAUGGAGAAAUAAAGCAUUAUAGAGCACCAAAAACCAGGGCAGCUAGAGGGCUCAUCCAUGUCACAAGUGCAGAUUUUAGACACAGGUGAGAUAGGAGGUAAUGAGAAUUCCUAAGGAAAUGCAAUCUAAUCCAGCAGAGUCAGUUCUCAGGGGGAAAAUGGGAUUUUACUAAAAUUAGUCUUCAGGGCAUUUUCUCCCAUCUCCACCUCUUCUUGAUACUUAUUCAAAGGGAAUUAUUUUCAGACUUCUGAAAUUGUCCUUUAUUUUAUUUUAUUUUUUAUUUUUAUUUUUUUGUAUUUAUUUAUUUU